AAUCCUAAAAACAAUUCUCUUUCCAUUUCGCUUAGAUUUGGAGCAACAAUGUCGGCGCUUCCGACUGAAAUAAUCGCCGAAAUUCUCUCAAAAUUGCCUGUAAAAUCACUUCUCCGCUUUCUAUGCGUCUGCAAAUCUUGGAAAUCGUUGAUUAAAAGCCCCACUUUUGUCAAAAUCCACCUCAAUCAAACCCUAAUUUGCAACUCCGAUCGUCAUCUCCUCCUCUCCUAUUACUCUCUUCACUCUGCCGAGCUCGACCUCCACCAUAAUCGCCUCUCUUUCUCGGAGCUCAACCACCCUCUCAACCCCCUUAAAGGUGUCAGAUUGGUUGGUUCUUGCAAUGGCGUCCUCUGCAUCUCCGACAAUUCCUUUAAUGACAUCAUCUUAUACAAUCCUCUUACAAAAUCACAUCGUAAGCUUCCCUCCAAUCAAUUUCCAAGCCCUAAACUUCAUAUGAAUGUGUUUGGGUUUGGAUACGACGGCAAGACCGACGAUUACAAGGUACUGAAGAUGGUUCAGGGCUUUGAAGAGAAUUUCAAUAGUGAAGCUCAAGUGUAUAGCCUAAACAACAAUUCAUGGAAAUCUGUUCAAUGUAUCAAAGGUAUCCCGUUCUUUCUCUACUAUGCUGAUUGCAGUGAUGUUAUUGUUAACGAGGCUUUACAUUACCUUGUUACCAAGGAAUUUGAGUCGUGGCAAUGUACACUCAUAUCUAGUUUUAAUCUUAGGACUGAGAGUUUCUCGCUUAUUAAAAGCCCUGAUUACGAUGAAAAGUAUAAUAGUUUAGUGUUGGAUGUGGCUGAAUUGGAUGGGUGUUUGUGUUUGAUGGUCAAUUAUAAUAAGACUUCUAAUUGUGUUCAUACUCUAGAGAUAUUUGAACGUGCUGAUUUAUGGGUGAUGAAGGAGUAUGGGGACGAAGAGUCUUGGAUGAAAUUGUGUAGUAUUCGCCAAUUGGAGAGUAUUAGUGGUUGCAUACAAUUGAGACCUGUUGUUUAUUCCAAAGAUGGGAGACGAAUUUUGUUAGAGAUUAACAAUUGUAAGUUUGGUUGGUAUGAUUUGGAGUCGGAAACAGUUGAGAUAUUUGCAGCUCAUGGGUUGCCAAAUAGACCUUUCGAAACAAGUUUCUUCAUGGGAAGCCUUAUUUCUUUUGAAGAAUAAAGAGAAGCAGCAUACUGAAGCUGAAAGGGAGCUUUGCAAAGGAAGAGCAAAAAGAAGGAUUUUGCAUUGUUAAAGCUAAAAAAUCAUUCAGCUUACAUAUUGUUUUUGAAGAGACCUUUGGUUGAGGUCGUUGGGGAAGCCAGGAGCACUGCUUGAUGAUUUGAACAUGAAGACUGCUGGAGGUAAUUCUAUGGUAGCUAUCUUUUGUUGUGUAUUUGUUAAUGAAUCAAAGAUAUCCAAGCUGUACUUCCUUAUUCUUAUCACAAUGCUAAUGAAUCAACAGCUUACCGAAGUUUCUGGUGUCUAAUUGUAUGUUAGAUUUAUUUUGACUAUAAGGAAAUUUAUGUUUUGGUACGACUUGUAUGUAAGAUAAGAUAAACUAGGAAAAUCUGUUUUCCUUCUGGCAGCACCAAAAAGAAGUAAGACGCAUAAGCUGCUGUUUUCUCUUUCA